UAAACGUCGGGGAGGGGAGGGGAAGUUGCAAGAAUGAUGCUCUCGUGCUUCACUCAGCGACCAAAUUGGAAACAGCACAGAAAUGAAGAUAUACUGAUGUCUCUCUCUGCAUUGGAACAGCGGCUCAUGGACAGUCUAGACAUGGUUCAGUUACCCGGGAAGAGGAACAGGAAGGUUCCCUUGCUGCUGAAACCAGAGUGGGUAAAACAAAUGGAACUGCUGGUGGAAAAGCGCUCAGAGUGCAAUGUAACUGGUGAAUACUUCUUUGCUGUUCCUGGUACGACGUCAUGCCUAGCUCCUUGGAAGGUAAUGCAGCAGUCUGCUAUAGAUGCUAUGUGUUCAAGGCCUGAUCUUAUUUCGACAACGAGAUCGAGGAAGUACACCGCUACAGUAACCCAGUGGCUCGGUCAACCAGUGAAACACAGGCAUGUUUUCUGUUGCGAUCCUCCUCGUUCUAGCCUUUGGCCUGCCACUGUGUCAUUCCCACAGCUGGGUUGACAUCGUGGGCAAAAACAGUGGCCAUAUGCGGGGAUACAGGCGAGGGGCCACCGACGUCGAUCUGCAGCGAUAUAUAUGUGUUAAACCCACACUAGCUGAGUGUCAGCCAGACCCAAAACACGGAAUCACGUACACUAAUGAUGCCAUGUUUCCCUGCAGAAAUGACAGUGGCAGAAUAAAGGCCACUCGCAUAGCAUCAGGAGACAAGCUGUACGUCAUGUGGAUGGGUAACGGCCACGCCAACCAGCAAUCCUUCGGCCAGCCAGUGGAUUUCUACAUCACACCUUACAAGAGCGAACCUGCCUUCAGUGACUUCAACUCGAUUCUCCAAGUUCCGUAUUUUUAUUGUGAGAACGGAGCCCAACUAUGUGACAGGCCGAAAACGGACGCCAAACUAUCUUUGCCUCCCCAAGUCGGGAACUAUACCUUAUUGUGGAAGUGGCCUUUUACUGAUUUUAUCUUUGGAAGCUGUUUUGAUGUGGAAGUGUUACCAUCAGGCUCCAAUCUUACACCUACAGCCAUCAACACGCCAAGCCCGGCUGUCGGUCCAAUCAUCUCAUAUCCUUACGGUACUGGCAAGUAUCUGCAGUAUGGAUGUAAAUUUGACGUCGACUGCAGCCGCGUGGGAGAAGAGUUCUGCAAACUCUGGCAAAAAGAUGAUUGUGGUCGCAGUAUUUGUCAGGGGUCCGUCGUUGCACUCAACCCGUGCUUGUCAGUAGGAGGCGUAACAUCCUCGCCAGCGAACGGAUGCGGUGCUGGAUCGUAUUGCAAGUGUUGGAAAAAUCCAGCAGUCUGUCACGGAUCUAAUGCCCCUUGCACAUGUGAUUAGCCGAAUGUUUACUGCAACUUAUGUAGCUGAUUUUUGACAUAUGGCAUUGCUUUUUGCUCCAAUAAUUUCUUUUAAAUAAGCGAGUUCACAUUUGUCACUGCAAUGCCAUUUCUAAGCUGUGUUCAAAGCGAGGCAAUGUACUUUCGCGGUGUAUGGUAUUGACCCCAUUUGCGCACAAUCGCAAUAAUGUUUUCAGAA